GUUUGAUCCUGUUUACAAGCUUUCGAAGACUGAAAAUAACCCCAACUCCUCUGCAUUGGUGUUGGAAGCAGAAGAAAAUAAAAAGAAGAGGAGUUGAGAAUUUAAGCUGGGAGACUUGGCAGCUAAUUCAGAGACAGCAGGUGUGUAAACAGCCCCUGGGAAAGAGGACCAAGUGUAGUUUCCGACAGAACUGAAUGGAGAUGAUCCCAAGCUGAAAGUCAAAACAGGAUCUUCUUUUAAGUUCAUCGAGUGACCUACAAUUUUAUUCCAGCGCCUAACACAGGAUGUCUUCCAAGCGACCAGCCUCUCCGUAUGGGGAAGCAGAUGGAGAGGUAGCCAUGGUGACAAGCAGACAGAAAGUGGGAGAAGAGGAGAGUGACGGGCUCCCAGCCUUUCACCUUCCCUUGCAUGUGAGUUUUCCCAACAAGCCUCACUCUGAGGAAUUUCAGCCAGUUUCUCUGCUGACGCAAGAGAACUGUGGCCAUAGGACUCCCACUUCUCAGCACAACACAAUGGAAGUUGAUGGCAAUAAAGUGAUGUCUUCAUUUGCCCCGCACAACUCAUCUACCUCACCCUUGAAGGCAGAAGAAGGUGGGCGUCAGAGUGGAGAAUCAUUGUCCAGCACAGCCCUGGGAACCCCGGAAAGGCGCAAAGGGAGCCUAGCGGAUGUUGUAGACACCCUUAAGCAAAGAAAAAUGGAAGAGCUCAUCAAAAACGAGCCAGAAGAAACUCCCAGUAUUGAAAAGCUACUAUCAAAGGACUGGAAAGACAAGCUUCUUGCCAUGGGAUCAGGGAACUUUGGAGAAAUAAAAGGGACUCCAGAAAGCCUCGCUGAGAAAGAAAGGCAGCUCAUGGGUAUGAUCAAUCAGCUGACCAGUUUGCGAGAACAGCUGCUAGCAGCUCAUGAUGAACAGAAGAAGCUGGCUGCAUCACAGAUCGAGAAACAACGCCAGCAAAUGGAGCUGGCUAAGCAGCAACAGGAACAGAUUGCAAGACAACAGCAGCAGCUCCUGCAGCAGCAACACAAAAUUAACCUUCUUCAGCAACAGAUCCAGCAGGUCCAGGGUCAGCUGCCUCCAUUAAUGAUUCCCGUAUUUCCUCCAGACCAACGAACCCUAGCAGCAGCUGCACAGCAAGGAUUCCUUCUUCCUCCUGGUUUCAGCUACAAAGCGGGAUGCAGUGACCCCUACCCCGUUCAGCUGAUCCCAACUACCAUGGCAGCUGCUGCCGCAGCAACACCGGGCUUAGGCCCACUCCAACUGCAGCAGUUGUAUGCUGCCCAACUUGCUGCGAUGCAAGUGUCUCCAGGAGGCAAGAUACCUGGCAUACCCCAGGGUAACCUUGGUGCUGCCGUAUCCCCUACCAGCAUCCACACAGACAAGAGCACAAACAGCCCUCCACCCAAAAGCAAGGAUGAAGUGGCCCAGCCUCUGAACCUUUCAGCCAAACCCAAGACAUCUGAUGGCAAGUCUCCCACAUCACCCACCUCUCCUCAUAUGCCAACUCUGAGAAUAAAUAGUGGGGCCAGCUCGCUAAAGUCCUCUGUGCCAGCAACGUUAGCUAGUCCUUCGGCCAGAGCUAACACAAUAGACAUCCUUUCUUCUAUCACGUCGUCAGGUUAUUUAAAUGACCACGAUGCUGUUACCAAGGCGAUCCAGGAGGCCCGACAGAUGAAGGAGCAACUUCGGAGGGAGCAGCAGGUGCUGGAUGGGAAGGUGGCCGUUGUGAACAGCCUGGGUCUCAACAACUGCAGGACAGAAAAGGACAAAACAACACUGGAGACCCUGACUCAGCAGUUGGCAGUAAAACAGAGCGAAGACGGAAAGUUUAGCCACGCAAUGAUGGAUUUCAACAUGAGUGGAGAUUCUGACGGAAGUGCAGGAGUCUCAGAGUCUCGAAUUUAUCGGGAAUCCAGAGGGCGUGGUAGCAAUGAACCCCAUAUCAAACGCCCAAUGAACGCAUUCAUGGUGUGGGCUAAAGACGAACGGAGGAAGAUCCUUCAAGCCUUCCCUGACAUGCACAACUCCAACAUCAGCAAGAUAUUAGGAUCUCGCUGGAAAGCUAUGACAAACCUAGAGAAGCAGCCAUACUAUGAGGAGCAGGCCCGACUCAGCAAACAGCACCUGGAGAAAUACCCAGACUACAAAUACAAGCCAAGGCCGAAGCGUACCUGCCUUGUAGAUGGCAAAAAACUACGCAUUGGCGAGUACAAGGCUAUCAUGCGCAACAGACGCCAGGAGAUGAGGCAGUAUUUUAAUGUUGGGCAACAAGCACAGAUCCCCAUUGCCACCGCGGGCGUAGUUUACCCAGGAGCCAUUGCCAUGGCGGGAAUGCCUUCCCCACAUCUGCCCUCGGAGCACUCGAGCGUGUCCAGCAGCCCGGAGCCCGGGAUGCCCGUCAUCCAGAGCACUUACGGCAUCAAAGGCGAGGAGCCUCAUAUCAAGGAGGAGAUGCAGACCGACGACGUCAAUGGAGAAAUCUACGAUGAAUACGAUGAGGAGGAGGAUGACCCCGAUGCGGACUAUGGCAGUGACAGUGAAAAUCACAUUGCGGGGCAAGCCAACUGAUCGGGGUCCAAGUAUCUCGCGACCUACAGGACUUCAAGGAGAAAAGAAAAAACAUAAAUAAAGCCCCAUCUGGUUUAUCCUUGCCAGUGGCCAAGCACAUUAACUUUCUCAUACACUGACUGUUACUUUAACUGUUAGUCUUAACUAGUUGGGACAUCAGCUGACUAAUAGACAUCAGCCUGCAUCAGAAGAAAAAAGGCUCAGAAGAAAGGAAACAAAGACAACGACGACAACAACAACAGAAUGAUAUAAGCUAUGGGUAAAAUAAUGCCAGUAAUUCAGCUGCUAUACCCAAGCACUGAAGUCUUACCCGUCGACCUUUUAUUAUUAUUAUUUUUUUUUCAAAUAAACUUUAUGGCUGUUUGUUCUA